CUGUCUGCGCGCACGUCACGAUCAUGAUGAGAAUUAAUGAUCGGGGCCGCUGAUUUCAUUGUGUGACGCCGGGACCGACCCAGCCGAGCCCGGCCGAGCCCGGAGCCCCCGCGCCGGCCCCGCGCUACACGUGCCAAUGUGUUGCCAACCAGCUGGACACCCGGCUUCCCAAAAGCUCUCAUGCAUGUUUGCUAAGCUUGGCCAGUCAAGAUCAAAAUGAAAUUAUGAUAAAAAUCCAUGUGGAUUUCUAACUUGGAGUCUGAGGUUCAAGACAAAGAUGAAUCUGCGUUCUGUAUUUACUGUAGAACAACAAAGGAUAUUACAGCGUUACUAUGAAAAUGGAAUGACAAAUCAAAGUAAAAAUUGCUUUCAGCUCAUAUUACAGUGUGCACAAGAAACUAAACUGGAUUUCAGUGUGGUCAGGACGUGGGUUGGCAACAAGCGGCGGAAGAUGAGCAGCAAGAGCGCCGUGGAAUCUGGGGGCACCCCCCCAGGGACUGCCCCCGCCACUCCCGCCAUGCCCCCAGAAGCAGCAGUGAGAAAUGUGGUAAAUAUUGCUCGAUCCCAAAGCCAGCAAUCUUCUUGGACCUCUUCUAACAACGACGUGAUAGUGACUGGUAUCUACAGCCCUGCCAGUUCGUCGGGCCGGCCGGGAGCCGCCAAGCACACGAACACCUCCGUGGCAGAGCUGCACAAAACCUCCAUUCCACGGCUCCCGGGCAAGAGCGACGCAGACUUCCAGCAGCAGCACAUCCCUCUGGGACGGCAAGUACCCCACUGUAAAAAUGCCUCCCUGUUAGUGGGGGAAAAGACCAUUAUUCUGUCCAGGCAAACGAGCGUGCUCAAUUCUGCAAACUCCAUUUACAGUCACACGAAGAAAAGCUACGGCGGCUCCUCGGUGCAGACGGCAGAGCUGGUGUUACCUCAGAAACCCAUGAUUUGCCACAGGCCCUGCAAGGCCGAGCCCUUGGCGUGCCAGCGCUUGCACAAACCCGAGCACGCAGCCCUGGCGUCCCACGUGCCCCCCGGGCCAAGGGCUCACCCCAGGGACCCCGGGUGUGGCACCCAGAACCUGGAGAUCCGCGAGGUGUUCUCACUGGCGGUCACAGACCAGCCCCAGAGGCUCGUGGCGGGGAGCACAACGCAGAAACAUCCCUCUCUGGAAGGCAGCUGCCUGUCCAUCGCGAUGGAGACGGGCGACGUGGAUGACGAGUACGCCCGGGAGGAGGAGCUGGCCUCCAUGGGAGCGCAGAUCCAGAGCUACUCCAGAUACUGUGAGGGCGGCGGCUCUGGCCGCGGGGACAACCAAAGCGCGGCUGGGCUGGGCCGCAGUGGGAGCUGUGGGGCACAGGUGGGCAGUGCCAGGGAUGUGCCUGACAAUCUCCUCUACCACAGCAGAGAGUUCCACCUGCCUGCACGGACCUCAUUGCACACAACAUCCAGUACGAUUUAUAACACUGCAAAUGCAGCCAGAAGUACCUUUUCUCCUCAUUUUACAUCUUCAAGUCAACUGAGGCUGUCACAAAACCAAAAUAAUUACCAGAUUUCAGGAAACCUUACUGUGCCUUGGAUUACAGGUUGUUCCAGAAAAAGAGCAUUACAGGACCGCACACAAUUUAGUGACCGAGACUUAGCUACCCUAAAGAAAUACUGGGACAAUGGCAUGACCAGCCUGGGCUCAGUCUGCAGAGAGAAAAUUGAAGCUGUGGCUGCAGAAUUAAAUGUUGACUGUGAAAUAGUUCGGACUUGGAUUGGGAAUCGAAGACGGAAAUAUCGUUUAAUGGGGAUUGAGGUCCCACCCCCUAGAGGAGGUCCUGCUGAUUUCUCUGAUCAAUCUGAAUUUGUUUCUAAAUCAGCACUUAAUCCAGGAGAGGAAUCUGCUACUGAAGUGGGGGAUGAUAAUGAUAGGAAUGAUGAAGUAUCAAUCUGCUUAUCUGAAGGAAGCUCACAAGAAGAGACAAAUGAAGCACUUCAAAAUGAAGAAAUUGGCCACAAAGAUGAUGACCAGAAUCCAGUUUCCACUGAUAAUGUGAAAAUAGAAAUUUUAGAUGAUGAAGAGAGUGAUCUGAUCAGCAAUUCUGAAGUGGAUCAAAUGAGUUCUCUUUUGGAUUACAAGAAUGAAGAAGUCAGGUUCAUUGAGAGUCAGCUGGAGAACCACAAACAGAAAUAUUUUGAACUGCAGACGUUUACCCGGAGUUUGAUACUUGCAAUUAAAUCAGAUGAUAAAGAACAGCAGCAGGCCCUGCUUUCAGACUUACCUCCUGAACUUGAAGAAAUGGAUUUCAACCACACCUCCCCAGAGCCCGAUGAUACCUCAUUCAGCCUCUCGUCCCUGUCGGAGAAAAAUGCCUCAGACAGUUUGUGAUUUCUCUUUUUUUGGAAGUGACAGAACAGAAACCCCACGUGAGGUGCAGGGUUCAGGAGAGAGGCUUUUGCUCUGCAGUGUCCUCAGCCCAGGGGAGCCAGCCCGAGGAGGAGGAGCUGGUGCUGAAGGGCGGCUGUGGCUCCUCACGUUCUUGCACUGCCCAGGAAUUGGGAAUGUUGGGUUUGGAAAAUUAAAGAACUGGCUGAGGGAAGGGUUCACUGGGAGCAGCUUGGCCUUGGGUAGGAUUAACUUCUGACUCUCCAGAAUAACUUUGGCUCUGUAGCAAAGUCUUUUUGAGCAGGGAUGCAAGAGUGGAAAACAAAUGUCAUGUGACACACAGCGAAUACUUCAGCGUCACGUGCUCCCCAGGCCUGUUUAUUAUAUUUUUCCCCAUUUUUACUCAGGUAGGUGGACUAAAAAUUGGGGAUCCAGAUAGAAUAACAGGCUUUCUCUGAGUUGUGCUUGAAAACCUGAAAUUAAACUGAAGUGUUUUUCGUUUUCUGACUUGAGAUUGUUAAAUCUUCCAUUUGUCUGACCAAAAUAGCUGAAAAAACCUUGAAAGGCUAACUGAAAAAAUUGAAUUAUCGUAAAUAAAUUAUUAAUGUGAAGAAGCAGUGAUAAGUGUUGGAAGAAAUGAGGUGGAAAUGAGAACCCUGAUAGCUGCAGGAUACAACUGCCUAAUACAGUAGCAAUGGGAUUGGAUGUUUACACUCUUUAGGGUUUAAUGAUUGUAGUCACAGUGUUUAUUUGUCAAAGCCUGAAUGCUAAAGUUCUGCAUAUUAAGUCUUGGUUAUAUAUUUUUCCACAAACUUUGCUCCAUUUUACCAAGCCAGUCAGAAUUCCACAGCUGUCAUUGCAUCCUGAAAGGUUUUCCAGUGUUGGGAAGUGAGUUUUGCAGAUCUGGUUUGAAGCCCUGCCUAGUGGAUUUUUUGGCAAGUGCCAUUUCUGAACGGUGACCUCAAUUGCAGGCAGGAGCUGAACUGAAUUCCUUCUUUCCCAGAGCUGUUGGCACUGAAUCCCUUCACUCCUGUGGUGGAAUGGAUGUGCAGAGAUGUUCAGAUGGAUUCAGUGGGGUGUGUUUGUGUCCAGGGAAUGUCUGGCCACGGCAGCAGUGUCAGGGUUGAGUUGACAGGGAGGUGACCAGUCCAAGGCUGGUCUCAACCUUGGAGCUCUUUUCCUCCAGGAUGUUUCUGUGGGAUGCUGCAAGUGCUUGCCCAUGGCAUUGAUGCUCCAAUUCCAACCUGGAUAUCCCUCAGUAAGCAUUUUUCACACAGAUACUUGAGGCUGUAAAAAACCUGAUCUUUCCAUUUUAUGCCAAAUAAUAAUUGACUCUGGGGAAUCCUUGUUCAUGCAGUGAGUAAUCCCCUUAAUUUCAGUGGGAGGUCCAAGGUGUCGCUCAGCAAAUCCAGAGUGUUGGGGAAAUAACACCUUUUUUUUCUUUAAUACUGGGAUUAACUCAGGUUUUAGGGUUUUCUCAGUCUGAUCAGUUCCUCCCUAAUCACUUGUACAGCUCUUUUUGUUUAGUAUCAGUAGUGGGCUCUGUUCUUCCAGGUUUUUAGUCUCUCCUGUCCUUGGGCAUGAGGAGCUUUUAGCAAUACUGUUAAACACCAGCUGCAGAAAGAGCAGGAACAGUUUUAAAAGGUGUUCUGAAAAACCAAAAGCCUCACAGUUCUGCCCCUGUACAAUUCUGUAAGUUCCCAACAGAGCUACCCUUCCACAGAGAAGCCCCAGAAUUCCAGGCUGCUGGGCCUGUGUGUGAGUUGAGGCAUUAAAACUCAGAGGUUUGUGAGCAGAGCUCACAGUGCUGUCCUUCACAGGGAGCAUAGAGCUGAGCUGGAAUUUUGCUCGCUCUGAAAAACUCAUUUAUAAAGGGUUUUCUAUGCCAGGCCAACAAUGGUUUCUAUUGCUGUUCUCUCUAGACAGGAAAUUUGUGCCACUGACAAUGAAACCUCUUGUUUUCUGCGAAAUUAAAAAAAUAAUGCUGGGAUUUGCCACUAUUUGGCCCCUGUUUUCCUGCUUCUUCCACUUAAAUUCCCAUGACAGAGGGCGGGAUACUCUUAACAGAAGUUCUCAAUUUCAUGGUCAAUUAAAUCAUCCACCUUCCUGCAAGAAAAACUUCAUUGAUGAUUCAUAUUUUGCUGUCUUGCUGCUAUUUCAUAUCCAAACAAAUCGAAGGGAUGAAUUUUGAAUGAACUGUUUGCUAGAUACAAGCAAUUUUGUCAGUCCCUGUUCUCCAGGAAGCUGGAAUCCUCUUGGAUGUGCAGCUGAGAUGAGCUGCAGUCAACGCCCACCCCAUCCCUGGGGGAUUUCUGUGGUCCUUUCUCUUGUGGGGAGACAAAACACAGCGAGGCAGCAGCGCUGCCACAGCCUGGGACACGACAACACUACAGAAUAGUCAGGAAAAACAAGUGUAAAUUCUAUCCCUGAAUAAUGAAAUCUGGGGAGGGAGAUACUCCACAGCUCCUUGGCUGGGCUUUCUUUCAGUAUCAGUGUGUAUUUCCAGCAAAAAUCUAAUGACUGUUACUGUUGGUGCUAUUUAAGUAGUGGAGAGCAGUAGGGGUGGCUCUGGUGUGGAUUUGGGUUCUGGGUAUUUCCCCUGUCUGUAGGAAGGUAACAAACACCUGUUAAGUGCAGUUCAUCAUUUCAUAACCUUCUAUAGGAGAUGUGCUUUCCAGGGUGACAGAAAUCAGCCCCCUUUCUGUUUCAGUGAGUGACUCUAAUGUGCAUCAUCUCUGCAGCAGAAGGGCCACCUGUUGAUGGUUUUAUCACCUUUCUGUGGCCACGUAUCAAUGUUUGACCAUCCCGCACAGUCUCUCAUUGACUUUGUCCAUGCAUGAUGACUUCCCUGGCCUUGGUCAUUCCUAAAGCAUCCAUGGGAACAUCAGAGAAGAAACCCAGGUGGGAAAGUAGCUCAGAACAGACACUUCAACCAGAGACAGGAUGGGCUCUCCCUGGGGAGCUGGUUUAGAUGCUGGAAAGUUUGCUCAUGGUUAAAACCCUGUUUCCUGGAGCUCUGCCUCCCUUCCUCUCUCUGCAGGUGAUGCUUCAGUCACAUCCAUAGGUCUGACAGUAACAGGAAAUACUCCAAUAAAACAAUAAAUACUCCAGUGGAUGAAUUUGGGGCAGGUUUAAAGGUACCUGAGCAGAUGAACCGGACGAGGUUUCUGGAGUGCCCAGCCCUGGAGGCAGCUCUGCACUUUAAUCUCUCCAAGUAUUUCUUUUCACUAAGGCAAUAAAAAGUGUGAGAUGAGGAGUUUGGGGCUUUGCAGCUCUGUGAGUGGGGAAAGGUUCUGUCUUCUCCCUUGGGAGAAGCUGUGUCUGCUGCUGGGCUCAUGCAGGUGAAGUGGUGGAACAAACCAGCAGCAUCAUGGGCAUCCUGGCUCGGGAAUGGGAAUCACUGCUUAACGUGGAUCUGCUCUCCCCUUUGGGAUGUCUUGCACUGCUGUAUUCCUGACACUGACCACAAACUCCUGCACAGCACUGGCCUUCCCCUCGGCAUUCCAGACACAGCCACUGCUGGCCUGGGGUCUCAGGGUGCUGCUGGUGUGAGGAGGGGCAGGAAUAUGCUUUAGGGGAAUAGCACAGAGUUCCUUCCUGCCACAGGAACAACUCAGAAGCUUGAUGUCCUCCCUCCAGCCCCCUGCCCAGCUGCCCCAGGCCAGCAGGGACCCAGGGGCUGAAGGGCUGGAACCUGGCCAGAUCCUGCCUUUUCUGCCCCAAAUCCUCCCAGCUCACUUGGGAGGUGCCUGGGCAAAGUUAGGGGUGGUUAGUGAGGAAACUCCACCUGGGUGCCAGAGAACACGAGCUGGGUUGUGGUGGUGGGUUUCUUUAAUCAAGAACAUUUUGUCACAUUUGACCAAAUGUGAAAUCUGAGAAGGUUGAGGAAAAAAAAUAGACAAAGCAGCACCACAAAAUGGGUGUUUCCCGUGGCAGAACAGGUGUUUAGUGUGAGUAUUUAUUGCUCUGAAAAGCAGCAGCUGCUUUGGUCAGAAGGCAACAUAAACAGGGCAGGGCCUUGGGCUUGUGGGAGUUCUUUUUCCACAAAGGAGCAAAUCCUCUUCACUGAAAGAGAUGUUUAAGGAUGUUCCUGGAAGGAAAACAGCUCAGGUCAGUGCUUUGGCUCUGGGAACAGUUUCCCAUGUUACUGAACUAAGUCAAUAACUCUUUUCCAGCUCUGUUUUACAUUUUACACAAUGCUACCUCUGAAAUGUGACACCCCUUAAACCCACACAGAAAAUGUGAACUUAGGAUUUUUUUUAACCUUUUAUAGGCAAUAAAUUAUUCCCAACAUGCAUCCUUCAGUUUUGUGCAUGGUUUUAGCUGAGUGUGAGCCAUUCACUUUGUUAUUUUAGUGCUGUUUUUCUGUAUUUGUGCUCAUCGCAAUCUGUGGACGAGGAAAUAAUGGGAUAUUAGGGAGAAAAUCUUAGCAUAUGUUCAUGAGAGAAAAUAUUUAUGUUAAAGCUGAAGGAUGGUGGGGUGGCUGUGCUGGUUUUGGUGCAGUUACUGUGAGAAAUAGAUAUUAUCCUUAAUUCUGGUAUUAAUGAUUGUUGUAGCAUUGCUCAGUGCAUCAGAUGAAUUAAUCUGAGAGAGCAGUCAGUGAUCUCAGCACUGUAAGGAAAAGGAUUUUACACUUUCUGAGACAUCAUAGUUCAUAAAUACCUCUGCAGAUUUUUGUGUCAGUUGUUUCCUUUUUUUGGCAUAACUUUAUAGAGACCUUGUAGAAAGGAUUUUGAAGUGUUCAAUGAAAAUGGAUCAGUAAUAAAAUGAGGUCAAAUGUAGAUUUAGACCAUGUUUGUAUUCAAGUUUCAUCUGAAAAGAGUUCCUUGAAUUUCCCCCAUCACAUUUCUCUCCCUGGAAUGUAGGGGAAAGAGUGGCAGGAUGCACAAGGGGAUGGAGGGAAUGAGGCCCAAAGAGGCAGAAAUGAAGGUUCUGGGUUUUAGUCAAAAUUUCAAUAAACUAAAACGGUUUUGUGCUGUGGAAAACAAGAGCUUCUGCUUUAUCUGCAGAUUUUGUGAAAUAACAGUUCAAAAAGUCAGUGGCAAAUACACUGAAUUGUGCUGGGGGGAAAUUGUCUUUUCCAGUAGGAAUUUUAUCAUUUCCAGGGUUAAUUCUGGAAUUACUGAGUGCGUGUGAACAUACAGAUGCAGAUUUACAAUGUGCACAGAUACACUGAACUUGAUCACAGUAGCUCUACAAAGGUAUUUUAACUUGAAAUGUUAAUGGAAUUCUUCUAAAAUAGAUUUCAUUUGCUCUUCUUUUCAUGUUUUGCUCUAUAUCAAUUAUCAAUCAAUUACAGUUCUGAAAAUUACUCAGAUCCAUCCAUACAAAUAUGGUUUAUUGUUUAUGUCCUUGCAACUGGUAACUUUUAGGCUUGGAAAUUCUUGAAAAUGCCCAUAAUAAUGAUACUUCUAAGUGAUCUUGACAAAUAAACUGCUGUAUUUAUGAAGAGAUAAUGAAUAUUCUGCCAUGAUAAUUUCUGCUUUAUUUUCACUAUAGGAAUCAGUUUCAUUAAAAAAAAAUACUCUGAAAGUUUAAAUAUUAUUGUAUAACUUGGAUGUUUUCCUUAGCCUACAAAACAGGAUAAUUGAUGAUUUUAAAUCUUUUAUCAUUUCCUUAUGGGCCAAUUCCUUAAGCUUUGUAACCUGAGUGUAUUCCUGAGUUUCUCUGUGAAAAUCACUAUUUAUAUUGCAUUUUUAUGAUUUGUAUCAGUACGUGUAGCAAAGAAACUACUACAAACCUUCAACUGAAGUACCUCCACUAUGGUCCAGGACACCUGGUCUGGGCAUUUUGAGUGCCAGAUGCCCGGAGAACCGGUCCAGACGUUUGUAUUGAGUUGGUUUUCUGUGUAUAUAAAGGGUAUUUAUAAUCUUGUAUUAACAGAGUCAUCAUUGGAAAUGCUGAUUUCCUGCUUUCGAAGCCUGCUCAGCUAUUUUUAUAUAAAACGUUGGUCUUCGCCUUAAUUUUUUUUGGUGAAAAGUUGUGCCAUAGAUAUUUUAACUUAUCUACAGAUCCUUUACAGAGUUUGCUUUGGCUUCUCUUAAUUAAUUAUUUUUUCCUCAAUUUGUCCUAAUUUGUUUUCUCCUCCAAAUGCAUCUCAAAGUUGGUUUGCUUUUUAAAUUUUUUUUUUUUUUUUUUUGAAGUUUUGGAAGAUCCCUUCAUCUGCAUGCUUUGGUAGCUCGAGUUUUUCCUCUGUAGUUUGUUUAUAGUUUAGAAGAACCUUUUAUUGAACCCCCCUGAAGUAAUGCUUGUACAAAUGUAUUUAGGGUGGCCCAGAUGGUCAGAGAAAAGGGCUAUUUAGCAUUGGUAAAUUUGUCUACUGACUCAAGGAUAUUUUUCUACGUCUGUCAAGUUUGGGACUAUGGAGAAAUGAAAUAAAGGUGAACUAACUCCUUUUCCUAUAUGAA